UAGAACCUUUUCUAGCGGUGAAAUUUCAGCGUUAUAGGAAGUUGAAAUCCCGCACGCACUGCGUAUGGAGAACAUUCCAGAAUCUUCAUCGAAAGGGACGAAACGCCGGCGAGAUGAAGAUUACGAUGCCGGAAACACCUCAUCACUCGAGGACGAUCUUACAUUCACCGACACGCUGGUUGCGCUUCGAAUCAUUCGAGCUCAGUUUCCCCACAUUCACAAGGUUUCGGUUGAGCCGUUUAUAUUGAAGUCACAAUUGUAUAGCAGUGUUAAGGACAGAACACAAGUGGAUAGGGAAUUAGAGUCUCUAAGGAGGGACAAAGUGCUGCGCCUUUUCAAAUUAAAUACUGGACAAGAUGACCAUGCUGUAAUGUUUUUGGAUGACUACCUAAAGCAGAUAGAUCGUGUUGUUAAAAGAAUGGAAGGAAAUAAAGGAGGGGAAUAUGAAGUUUUUGGGUGGUUCAAAACUCAUGUUCUAGAUUCAAAGCUGGAAACCGGCAUUGAACAUCUGGAGCUUUGCUCACUCUUGUCACAUGGGGGAAAGGUGAAGGACAGUCACAUCUCCCUUCUAAUUAAUGCUGGCAUCCUUACUAGGCAACUUAUUGAUCCAAACAUGUAUUGGUUUACAAUUCCAAAUAUUGGCUCACUUCUCAAGGGUCUUGUUCAGGGAAGAAAGGAAAUUAUUUCUCUUCUCAGCCGUCGUAGUUACAAGGAGAUGAUGCUGGCCUCAUUGGAAAAGAAGCGUCUUCGAAUGUCUCCACUUGAUAUGAGAUUUCAUCUUCGUGAUUUGAUUGGUUCUGGUCAUCUCAGAACUGACCAAACUCCAACUGGUUUAAUUAUUAGAGUCUCUAAAGAUUAGAGAUUCAGAAAGUACUAGAUGUACUGGGAUCCAUGAAAUGAUUCAUCAAGAAGAGGUUUAGUUGCCUAUGGAUAUAUAAUUGGCUUGUUUCACUUCGAUUGGCUGCCUUCUAUGUGAGACAAACUAUAUAGGUGAAAUGACAAUCAGUUUUGUCCUGGUUGAUCAAGAAAACAGGCUAAGACAUUUGGCAAUCACAUUCAUCAGCUAUCAACACGGACCAGUUGAAGAUGUUUCUUUUUCCCCAUGUCUUAUAUAGUUACUGGAAGCAAUCAUCUGAGUAGGCCUUGUGCUUUCAUUGCUUCUACUUCCAAUGUACUUCGAUUGUUAUUGGUAUAGUACAUUUUUUACAUUUAUUUUUCAAGAAAAGAAGGGAGGGGUCUCCUACUCGUAUUUUGCACGUAUACUUCGCGAUGUAAUUUUCAAAUUACAA